GCUAAAUGAGAAUCAGUCCAGCGUUGGUCGCCGGCGAAGCCGCACCUGACAACCCCUUUGACGGGAGAGAGUGAAUACACAGUAGGCCCCGCGACCGAGAUUUAGUAGGGUCUAUCUGACGCGCGCCUAUUCGUAGUGGAGGGAGAGAGAGAUAAGGGAUGUUCUUGCGGUGCUGCCGGUCGCACGCGUUCCAAGAUCUGCAGUACCAAGUGUGAACCAUUCUCCCCUCCCGUUGUUCACUUUGACCCGAUGCUGCGGCAGCCGAGAGAACGCGGGAAGCCCGACAUACGGGACGAACCGAUGAUCAAACUGUGGAUGCGUCCCUGAGUCCAUUUUCUACAUAUACAGCACACGAAAUCUGCAUCAAGCCUCGUGAUACCAGUUGCGGUCGCUGGCGAUCGAGGCUCGACCAAUAUCCCCUGCUUGCUCGUGACCGACGUUGUUGUCGGGGACUAUUCGCGCGCGAGAUCGGAGUGAGAGAGAGAGGGAGAGAGAGAGAGAGAGAGAGGGACCCGAGGUGGUAAGCGGGAUCCGUAGGCGAAACCAAAUCAGAGAUGUCCGUGCUGCCCGACGAUGUCGCGUCGUUGUGCAGACUGUCCGGGCCAUAGUGCACGCAGAUUGUACCCUCCGGUACGGGAUAGCAGCGUACGACAGCACCAGGAUAUCGCUACGUGGAGGCAGUCACGUGCCCCCGACGAAGCUAGGACGAUGCACCUGGCGAGCUCGCUGCAGGUGCGACCGGGCGAGCCCUGAGGUUUCACGAUCGCUCCGUUUCCAUCGCGCCGAGCGGCUCGCCGCCGAGGACAGCUGAUCUUCCGGGUGGUUCAGGUCGAGGUUCGUCCUCGCUCGACGCGCCUAGCAGCCACGUGUGAGGACGAGCAAACGAGCGGUGGCGGUGAGGCGGCGGUGGUGGUGGCGGGGAGGGAGAAAAUCGCCAACGUGGAGGAGGUGGUACUCGAUCAGGCGGUCAUCGAGGAAGCAGCCUCCUUCCGGUACCUCCUCGAGCAAACAUGAGACGCUCGUGGACGCUUGUCGCGGCGUUAGCCCUGGCUGCAUCGGGGCUGGUAAGUGGCGGUCUCCACGAGAAGAAGCUGCUGAACGAUCUGCUGGACUCGUACAACGUGCUGGAGCGGCCGGUGGGCAACGAGUCUGAAGCCCUUGUGCUGAGCUUCGGCCUCACGCUCAUGCAAAUAAUCGACGUCGACGAGAAGAACCAGUUGCUCAUCACAAAUCUCUGGCUCAAACUGGAAUGGAACGACGUAAACAUGAGAUGGAACGUCGAGGAGUAUGGAGGUGUACGAGAUCUCAGAAUACCGCCACAUCGGCUGUGGAAACCCGACGUUCUUAUGUACAACAGCGCCGACGAGGGUUUCGAUGGUACUUACCCGACGAACGUCGUCGUAAAGAACAAUGGGACCUGCAUGUACGUGCCGCCCGGUAUAUUCAAGAGCACUUGCAAGAUAGACAUUACCUGGUUUCCCUUUGACGAUCAGCGCUGUGAGAUGAAAUUUGGUUCCUGGACGUACGACGGCUUUCAGUUGGAUCUGCAGCUGCAGGAUGAGACCGGAGGUGACAUCAGCAGUUUCAUCACAAACGGCGAGUGGGAUCUGUUGGGUGUACCCGGUAAAAGGAAUGAAAUCUAUUACAAUUGCUGCCCGGAGCCGUACGGACAUCACUUUCGUCGCGUGGACAUCACUUUCGUCGUCAUCAUCAGAAGACGCACACUCUACUACUUCUUCAACCUGAUCGUGCCGUGCGUCCUGAUUGCCAGCAUGGCCGUCCUCGGGUUCACCCUGCCGCCCGAUUCCGGCGAGAAACUUUCCCUCGGGGUAACCAUUCUCCUGUCCCUUACUGUGUUCUUGAAUAUGGUUGCCGAAACAAUGCCGGCGACGUCCGACGCCGUACCGCUUUUAGGGACGUAUUUCAAUUGCAUCAUGUUUAUGGUGGCCAGUAGCGUGGUCAGCACGAUCCUCAUCUUGAACUAUCAUCAUCGGAAGGCUGAUUCCCAUGAAAUGGGUCGAUGGGUUAGAAUACUUUUCCUGUAUUGGCUACCUCGCGUACUCCGUAUGUCACGGCCAGGACAGGAGGAAGAAAAGGAAGCAGUACAAAAGUCUCAGAAACCAUCUCCAGUGACAGGUGCGAGCAAGUCAUACGGCGAUCUGGAGCUGCACCAGAGGAGUAGUAAGUCCCUCUUGGCGAACGUCCUGGACCUGGAUGACAACGCGCUGGCGUCUCACAACAACUUACUGAACAAUGUGUACAGCACACCCGGACCUCAUCACGCGCACGCGAUGGGUCACGGCCACAGUCACAUUCACACGACGCCUCAUCAUCAUCACAGCCACGCACCUACGACGCCGCAUCAUCAGCACGCGACGCCGCUACCGCACUCAUCGUAUCCCGGCCAUCAAAUCUCGCAUACGCCGCAUCAUCAUCCACAUCCGCAAGACGCGUCAACGCCGCAGGUCGAGACGAUACUCCAGAACGCGUGCUUCUGUGCUCGUUACGAGCUUGUGUUAAUCUUGAAGGAAAUUAAGAUAAUAACGAAUCAAUUGAAGAGCGAGGAUGAGAACACGAAGGUCACGAACGACUGGAAGUUCGCGGCGAUGGUGAUCGAUAGGAUGUGCCUAAUCAUUUUUACUCUGUUCACCAUCAUCGCUACCAUCACCGUCCUGCUGUCAGCACCGCAUAUUAUCGUCACGUGAUUCAGAAAAGCCAGUCUGCCGCCGGUGGUUCCGGGGCUGACGAGGAUUGCGUGCCGGACGCCGGCGCCGGCGUCGACGGACGCAGCUCGCGACGCUCUAACCGAGCGUCCGCCCUUAACCGGUUUCCGCCCGAUCGGGUUUAAGGGUGUUCAUCUUCGGGUUCGCACGCCGCUUCGUUUCGGAGACUUGCGCGUUAGGAAGAAAGCAAUACUGGGAGUAACUUCGUUUCUUUAUGAUAUACAUAAUAAUACCAGUAAAAAUGAAAAUAAUAAUACUAUCGAUAAUGAGGAUAACGAUAAUAGUACUAAUAAUAAUUACGUAAUAGUAACGGUAAAACUUUAUCGUAUAAUUAUCCCACGAGGACGCCUUAGCGAAACACGUUGACACACCGUUUAUAAACGGCGCGAGCACACGCGUGAAAACGAAGGACAACACGUUACACAGGGACACGCGGGAUCAGAGCAUACGCGAAGAGGAUACACGUACACUGGUUUGUUACACGCAUCCCUGAGAGCAGUCGAUGUGACGAACACUUUGUACAGUUGAGAUGGCACAUUUUGACGAACGAGUCAAAAUUAGUUAGUUCUAUAAAAGAUCCAAUUACGAAUUUUCAUAGUCAUAAGUAUAACGAUCGAAUCGACAAAAGUAUUCGACUCUGUCCUCCGCGACUACUACUUGGGGAUGUAACCACACACACACACGUACACACACGCACGUAACAUCAUGCGAGAGCGAUAAUACGCACGGAACCGUGAUUUGCCAAUGAGUUUAAAAAUACUUUUCUGCGGCCCAAGGUUAGUACGAUAUAGAAAUCUUCGAAUGUACCCGAGCAUCAGUAUAUUGCUAGGUUUAAGAGAUUCUUACGGCAGUCCAGACAAGUUUCGUAACGUUUCUACGAAUCCGCAUAAAGACUCGUAAAAAUUCAAGAAUCCCCAAAAGCAUAAAAUUUUGAAAAAUAUAAAUUUCAAAGAAUAUGAAAUUAAAAUAUACAUGAAGAACAUGAAUAUACAGUAGUGUGCUCAAAAAAAAAAACGCUGAUAUAAAAUCAAAGUUUUCGACUGAGAUUCUCGAGAAUACGUAAACUGUAAUAUCCUAAAGAAAUUCGGGAAUUACUGAAUGUCAGUUGAUAUUAGUUCUUGUUCACGACAAGAUGUGGAAAGAAGCGCUCGAGAAUGCCGGCGACAAAUCCUUUUUGUCCGUACAAAACAAAGUGACGAAGGAGAAAAGAGAAAAAAAAAACAGCAAAUAGGGAUAAAAAAGACGAAGCGGGACAAGGGUUGGGCUUUAAAGGUAAAACGCACAGUUUACCCUUUCAGAAUACACUCGAUGAACUGCCAAGGUGAUUCAAAUAAUGCCAGUGAAUUUUUCUUAUCCGUAUCAUUAGUAUGUAAAAAUCGACGACGACUUAAUAAACGGGGGAUUUGUAUUACGAUUUAGGUGGUGGUGAACAUAAAAUACUCUCUCGAGUAGGUCGCGAGAGAGAGAGAGAGAGAGAAAGAAAGAGAGAUUAUAGAAGGACACUACGGAAGAAUGCAGAAAUCGGACACAGGAGAUAAAUGCGAAGAAUUGUGAUUGUUCGAUAACUUCCGCUGUGACAAAUUCAGUUUCGAGUAAUGUAUUUUCCUUCAUAUCUGCAAGUUCGAAUGUUCUGUUUCGUUAUUAAUCCGCAUUCUCGUCACACAUUUAGCCCUAACUUUUCUGAUCCCUAUUUCGCAUUGGGAUUGUGUAAAUACUCUAUGAACAUGUGUAUUAGGAUAUUAAACGGCUCUAUAUUUCGGAGAAUCGGACAACUAUAACUUUUCAACCUGACUGUCCGAGUUUCGUAUAAAUCAUGAGACCAGGACAACCGAAAUCUCGAUCGCAUUCUUUAAUACGGUUUUCAAGUUUUGAAUUUCAAACAGAACGGAUAUAUUUUCCGUUGGAUGUGUGCCGAGAAAACGGAUCGUUAUCUCUUACAUCGCACGUAUACGAGCUCUAGUACGCAGACGUACUUGCAUUUUGUAGUACAUACAAGUACUCGCGUACGUUUCAUUGUCUGACGUAUCAAUCUUUUUCCUUCUCCGUAAUGAUACCAUUACAGAAAUCGUUAUCGCGACAGCACUGUAACUUCUUUCCGACAUUUAAGAAUCGUUUCAGAGUGCUAAGGAAGCGUGGCGUUUUAUUUCUCUUCUAUUAGAAAAAGAUGUGCAACUUGAAUGUCUCUCGUUCUGUUACCUCGAAAGCACUGCGGCGCAUUUCCUGAAUAUCGGCAGCUAUAUUAAAAUUGAAUAUACUAUGUAAAAAAAAAAUUGACAUUGCAAUACUAAACAUUACGAUCAACGAGUGGAUUCAUCACGAUGAAUAUUUUUUUUUGGUCCGCAAAAGAAAAACGAUAUAGGAAACAUGACUUCACUUUUGAGUGCAUACAAAAAAAAUUUAACACUUGUCACGUUUCCCUGCUAAUUCAUGAGCCGCUCGAGAGCGUGGUGGAAAAUUGCGGAAGCGACGGAGUCGAUUAGUCACGCUAGGAAGAAGAAAAAGCAACGUGGGAUGAGGACCGAUAAAGAAAGAAAGUUGCUCUUGCUCACGGACAGACUCGUAGGCGGACGUCGUCUCGACGAGACAUCAGGGAGACGAACUCAAGUCGUAUCGUACAUUUUUUGGCCAUCGGCACUGGAUACGCGACAACCAAUCACGUUAUCUUUUAAAUACUAUUAUUAAAGUAAUGAAUCGUUGUUGAUCAUGUUGUAUCGUGGAUGGGAUUACGUGUAGAAGUAUAGUAAGAAUACGAUGUUUUUUGAUCUCUAGUGCGCGGGAAUAAACGACGAAGAGGAAGAAAAAAUAAACAUACUAAAAAUCGCGUCGAAUGUAUUAAACUCGUGAGGGAGAUAGAAAUUUUUAGACGAGAGAAAUGCGCGAUUAAUCAUUAUAAGUGUCAAAUAGUUAAGGAGAAAUCAAGGAAAUAAUUCAUUAUAAAAAAAAAAGGAAUAAACAUGUAGUUCGAGACAUCGACGUUUUAAUGCCGACACGAUUGCCCUUUAUGCGAUAAACGUUAAUAAGCGGCUCGAUUAGCCUCUAAUUGACUUGGCGAAAUAAUGACGUUACGCCUAGUCUUAUGAACCAAAUACAUGCUGAACUGAUCUAGUAUUUUAGAACUAGAACAACCAAUGCCAAAAAAAUAUAAACACAUCGCGCUUUGGAAGUAGGAAGAAGAAAAAGAAUAAAAAGAAUUUUUAUGUAUUUGAAAAAAUAUAUCUUUGAUAAUUUGAAAUAUAAUUUUAUUCUCUCUUCAACUCUUGUUUUAUUUUCAAAAAAUAAUUUUUGCCAAAUGUCAUAUUCUCAUACAGAAAUUAUAAUUCCUCAAAACAAGUUUUACAUUAUCAAAUUUAUUUCUACCAGUACAUAAAAGCUAUAAUAAGCUUUUCAAACAUUACAGUCUAGAUAAGGAAACGUUUAUCCUCCUACUUCCAGGCUACAAAGUGCCGAUUAUAUCGUUUCCAAAGUUAAUGAUGUAAAAUAGAAGUUUCUUAAUGCCUUUGCAAUUUUUGUCAUUAUAAGACGUCCCGUUAUGUCAUUUUUUUAAUGUGCGUUUGCUGUAGUUCAAGUUGGUGGAAAAAUUUAUUAACAAUAACGUUCUUUUAAAUAAGAAGAAAAAUGUAGCUAGAUUUUACGUCUUGUUAUCGUCAAGGUGUAGAUUUUUUUCAAAAUAACAAACAUUUUUAAAAAUAACAAACUGGAUUAUCUCAUUGUUUCAAUUAACAUUAGAGGAAAAUAAUUUGAUUGUUAGGGCUUCUUUUAAUGAAGCCUUCGCUGCUUCGAAUUUAACCGCGAUUGUUAUGUACGAAACGUAACGCGUAUCAGGUCGGUUGCGAUAAAUUACGUCGCAAGUAUAAAAUUAAUCUAGAAGAAGUGGUGGUAUAUGGAUUGCGAGUCCUAGAACAUUACGGGUAUCAAAAAGUUGUUUUAGUAAACAACGCGUAAUCUUAAUGUAAUCGAGAUUUACCUAUUAGAUAGAAAAAAAAAUAAUUCGUACUGCGCGAUACUGUACGAUUGUACUUAUUCUAUAAUUAUACUUAUAAAUGUGCAUUGUCACAUAUCGCAUAUGGGAAUUCAUGUUUAAGACAGAAAAUUGCUCACUGUAAUUUGUCACUAACAACCGCUGAUUUAUUUUCCUAUAAAUUAAUUAGUAUGUAUACACACACAUACUUGUUACAAUCAAAGACAAGAAUAAUCAUUCUUUCCUUUACGUGGAAAUACCGAGAGUUUCUUCACGAUAAAAAUUAAUGAUAAUGAAAAUUGCGAGAUAUUCGGUAUCUUAGGAUAGUUUGCAUCUAAAGAGAAAACUUGCAAAAAUUAAAACUUAAUUGAUUUUUAUAUAUAAAAGAAAAUUGCAACACUAUAGACAAUUAACAGUUAUUAAAAUUCUGAAAAGAGCUUAUAAUAAAAUUAGUAUAUCAAAAUUUCAAACUUUUCAAAAUCUCUUUCUCAUAAUGAUGCAAACUCGCCUAAUUUUACGAUAUAUGAAAUUCAAACGCUUACGAUUAACAUACGCAAAUAUUAUACCACUUAAUGCAGACUUUUUCCCGCGAUUUCCGCAACAAAGAAUUGUAAGGAAAGAAUUAUUGUCAUGAAUUCUUGCUGAGAAUUUUCAAAUCCGCAUAUAAGUGAGUUUUAAAUUCAGGCGAAACGUGACGUGAAAAGUUUCCACCUCCUUGAACUCGAUAUGGACUCGAUAUUUUGAAGAUAACGCAGCAAACGUACUCGAAUGUAUUGUGUGCGGUGUGAUCCGUCGCUUUCACAAUUGAAAAUAAUUUAUUGAAUAAUCAUAAAUUUAUUAAGCAGCAAAGAUACAUAUAAAAUAAGAAAUAUAGCGUUUUUGUUGUUUGGUUAAUUUUUGGUCAAUUUUAUUAUUAAUAUGUAAAAAUCUUCAAUUAACUUUACAAAGCAAAACAGUUCAACUCAAUUGUUUUAUAUUUUCAUAUAUAUUAUGUAUAUAAGUAUUUACAAAACUAAUAAUUUAAAUUGGCCAGAUUGAAAUACGUAUAUAAUUACAUGCGCGUGAUCCAAGCUUCCUACAGUUGAAUUUAAAGAAUUAAUAAGUUUUUUGUGCUUUAUCGUUGUCUUCCGUAUUAUAUUAAUUCAUCCAUUCUAUUAAUUGUGAAAAGUAGGUGAAAGCGGCGGCAAACAAUGAAAUUUCCGUAUAAACUGAACAAUUUGAGAGAAUUACUGAAUAAGGAAAAAAGAGAGAGAGAGAAAGUGGGAAAGAAGAGGGGUAAGAUAAGAGGCAUUAAUGUGACUUGCGCCUUUAAAAUCGAUAACUCAGCUUAAUAUGCGUGGGGCUGUUAUAUAAACUGUAAUCUUGUAAUAAAACAGAAAUAAUAAUAAUAAUGAUACCAUUAGUGAUAACGAUUAACGAUAAUGGUAAAUGAUAAUAUUACUAUUAUUACUAAUAAUAACAAUAAUAAUAUUAAAACGUAUUAGCUACAAGACUCUUCGCCUGUGUACGAAAUGUUGAAAUUUCCUUUCUACGACGUUGAUAUACGAUUAAGUCGACUUCCGAUCGCGAAUCGAAUCGUUCUUAAUUAAGGAGUAGUUGUGGCGGACAGAGAGAAAAAGAGAGAGAAAGAGAAGCGGAGAAAAAAAUUAAUAUACGAGUUAACUAAACGAAGGUUGAUAGGCUUAUAGGAUAUCGUAGUAGUGCAAGAUGUACAGGGUGAAGACAAGAAAAUUCGGCAGCGCGAUAAGCGAGGAUUUUUCGAACGUCUCGUCCACCGAUCGACAAGCAAAGAAUAAUAGAAAUAAGAUCGAAAGCAGAUCAAAUGAUAUCGGCGAAAUAAUAUCGAAAGCAGAUCAAAGAAUAUCGGCAUCGUGAGAACGCCAAAUUAUCAAUUUGGAAUCAAUAAUCCAGUCCUGAAAUUUGACGAUGAGCCUCGUUUCAUCGAGCCGACGCAACACACUUCCGUCGUGAUGUGGAAAUUAACCCGUUAUAUCCAAACGUAAAUUUUUCCUUCAGUUGUGUACAAAUAUCCUUAAGUAAAGUACUUCUGGACAUACGGGCUAUAACGAGUUAAGCCGUAUGCAAGUUUCAUAGCACUUUUAGCACGUUUCACUCGAUUCUAUCCAUCACUCGAGCGUUUUAAGGACUUUACCUAAGGACUUACCGAAUAGAAAUAAUUACGAUUGCUCAUCGAUUAUGCCUGUCGUUUACGUGUCAAGACAAUCCCCCGAUGACUCCAAGUGGCUGACGACGAAAACUGUACUUCUUGAUAUAUGUAAUACUACCUCUAAUUAACGCGAGAAAGAAAGAGAGAGAGAGAGAAUAUUGACGGCAUUCUGUCCGUCGAGUGUAACUUAUCGUAAGGUCUAUUAUACUAUAGCAUGCCAAAGUCUUCCGCCAUUAGUCGCCUAGUAUAGCUGACGAGUUUUCUCGGUUGCAAAAGUUUUCGCGAGAUUAUCGUUGUAAAGAUCGUCGAGUACUCGCGUGAACUUAACUUGAUGACUCCCCCGUUUGCACCAAUAUCGCUCAAGGGGAAUAUAAUCAAGGUUUCGAUGAAAGUCGUUGCAACUGCUCGCGGCUGUUCAGCGUUAGUAGCUCGCUGUGAUGUAAGUAGUUAAAGCUCUAGCGACAAACUCUAACACUUCUAGAUCUAGCACUGAAACUAGCCGCACGACGGAAAACGAGAGGCGAAAUGGUACGAGAUCAUCGAGAAUCAAUUGUGCUAAUAAUUCUCCAUUCGAGGAGCCGAUCACGUUACUUUAUCUGUAAGCAAAUGCACGUUUGUACCUGCAUUCGUACAUUUCGUACGAAUUCGCAGAAAUCGUGAUCGUGUAAGAAUUUAACAAAACAAAGAUUAGAUCAAAUGAAAUUUGCGACGCUUAAAAGUCAACAUAAAAUUAUUGACUCACUGGCUAUUACGUGGUCAACAUAUUUUAUGACUUGCUCGAUCCAAUGGCGAUGAUCGGAUCGACUAUGGCAGUGCGUUUUUUGAACGCGCAAAGCUACAAUUUUUCUGCUGACUUUUUCGAGACAGUGUGAAUUUUUCAUAAUAAAUUAUUCACACGCACGCUUUCGAUGGGAGUGCGACUUGGAAAAAGUGACACUAGCAAGGAUGAUUAUCACUAUACUUUGUUACAUUCAGAAUGCAGGGACCGAAGCGCCGAAACUUACGAAGAAAAUAUAGAAGCAAUUACGCUUUCUACUUUUAAAUAGUAUGUCUGACUGAGGCGGGCAGCUUUGGAUCGGUGGAGACGUUCGGAAGAUCGGCGAUCGCUUGCCCGUACUUAUUAGACCGCUCUUUAUACAUACAUGUAUAUAAUACAUAUGCAUGGAUUAUAUAUUAUACAUACGCGACAGAGGUUUAAUUAUAUUGACGACAAGUAGCGUGUAAAUCGUUGCUCGCGCUCAACCCCGUUGUUAAAUUAAGCGAAACGAGAUAUCGUCCGCGUAGGAUAUUGCUGCUGGUUACACGAAUCGCGUCGUUCUGCUUAUCGAUCACUGCAUUAAAUUCUUACAAUAAAUUUUUACGCAUAAGGAGAAGUGAUCCGACAGGGAGCGAAACGAAACGAUUGCCGUAAAAUGAUGCUGCGUUACUAUAAAAAUUGUUAUUAUAUUGUCAAAAAAUAUUGUAUGUAAAUCCUAAUUGUAAAUGGUACAAGUACUGAAAUAUUGCAAGCAAGCUUUUCUUUCAGAUCGAAUACAAUAGCGGACUAACAGUUAACACAAAAGGCAUUCUUCCGAUAUUCUUCCGUUUGGGAAGCCCACACGCGUCCAAUCUCGGAUCAAAUCGCUCUUGAUGGAACAAUUGUACAGAGAUAUAGGAUGUUUUCGGUAUAAAACUACGCCAUCGUAUUCACGUUCGAUGGCUCGUGGAGCCAUCACGGCGGGAUAGCAAAAGCAAAACGACGCUUUUCGUGCCAUCGCACAGAGCGACGCGGAUUUCGAGUGUCACGUUAUCGCCAUCGAAACGUUUUGCCGGCGCGGCUCGGGGCAAAGUUUUGCGUGUAAAAAUUCCACUGUGCCAUUGUUUGUAAAGCAUUACAAUGAUCAAUCAUCCGGGUUGACCGGUCGAUUAACGCGAGCAGGCGAAAGCGAGAAAACCAGGGAGAAAACAGAGUAAUUAAGGUAUGCUCGCGCGCGUAUCUCUUUUUACAACGGUGGCGAAUUAAUUAAUUAGAUUAACUGAUUAGGAGAAACGUAAGUUCAAGUGCCAAAUUUUUAGCUAAUCCUUAAAGCGUAAACGAGCGCGCUGUGAAGCGAACGUGUACGCGAUAGGUCUGAAUAGGAAUGUAAUUAACGCGAGGGGGAGAUCAACGGCGGCUCGGAAGUAACACGUAAAAUCAAUUACGAAUUAAUUUGUUACGUGACUCAAGAAGAAUCUGCGAAAUGAUUCCGCAAAUUGUAGAUUUUAGUGCUUCUCUCAGUUUCACUUUCACUAUUUACAUUGAUUUACUAAACCGUGUCCUGAACAAAGUAACGAAAGCAUUCUUUAUUACUCUGCCAAAAGUUCGAGAUAAGGAAACGGAUAUAAUAUAAAAAAAAAAACAAAUCAUUUAUUAACGCCAGAAAUGUAAUGUAACGCUUUGAUAAAAAGCAACCUAAAAACAUAAAACGUUUGCAAGUGUAAACAAAAGUACGAUUUUUUUUUCUUCAAUAUAGCUUUAUAUUUUUUCAAAUUGCCCUAUGCCCACAAACGUAGAAUGCCACAUAUACGCAGAUUUACUGCACGAAACCGCGGAUGAGAGAGAAAACAAAAUCCUGAGUUCGAGUCAAACGAGCAUUACAUAUUUUGCGUCAGAAUUUCACGGUGAACGCGUGACCGGUAGGAAAAAAAUAUAUAUAUGUAUAAAAAAGAGAACAGAGAUAAGAAAAAACGCGUCACAGCCAACUGAAUUUAAAAAUGAAUUUUUACAAAAGCAAAAGUGCACACAGUUAUUUCCGGCAGGCAAUACUCGUUUCCUUCCGUUUUGAAUCCUCGCACAGCUAACUCAUCACGCGCGAUUUUACAGGAAGCCGCGUUGUUCUAUCGAAAGAGGAAAAAACGAUCAAAAAAAA